CCACUUACCUAACUCACAGAUUAUUGAUCAAGAGAUCGUUGUUUUAUAUUUCCUCUUUCUCUCUUUAGGGUUUCGACACUCCGGUUCUAUUAUCAGAGAUGUGGCACGAAGCUCGGAGAUCAGAAAGGAAGGUCCACGACAUGAUGGACGCGGCUCGAAAGAGAGCACAAAGACGGGCCAUCUUCCUUGCUAAAAGACGCGGCGAUCCUCAACAAUCCAUUCAAGUCGUCGGCUCUCGCUGCCGUAUCCACCGUGACGACGCUCUUUAUCAUGCCACACAAGAUCAGCAAGGCUUGAUUCCUUGGAAUGGAAAACAAGAUAUUUUAAUCGAUAGAUUCGAUGGCCGAGCUCUUCUUGAUUUUAUUCGGGAGCCGGGGACACGACAUUUUAGGAAUCAAGAGAAGUCUGAAGAGGAAGAAGAAGUAGAAGAGUUUGUUAAUUUCGAGCGUUAUCGGGAUUUAAUUAAGCAUCGCCGUAGAGGAUUUACCGACGAGGAUGGUUUACAACAUGUGAAUUUAGAAAUGGAGGCAAAAGUAAUCGCACCGUUCCAAUCAGACAGAUCACAGCUGGCUCAACCAACUAAUAAAGGUUCAUAUUCUCAAGUUGGAUUCUCUUAUGAUGGAAAUGGGAAAGAGGAAGCUCAGUUUUCAGAUGCUGAUGAAGAAGAUGAGGAGGAAGAAGAAGAUGAUGAUUUCAACAGUGAUGAUAGUAAUGAUGAAGGAAUGGAUGUAAUAGCAAAAGAAUUUGGAGUGAAAAGGUAUGGCUGGCUUGUUUACAUGGAUAAAAAAGCAAAAGAGGAGGAAAAAAGACAGAAGGAAGUAAUCAAAGGCGAUCCUGCAAUUAGGAAACUGAGUCGCAAAGAAAGGAGGAAAGCUUCUCAAAUAGAAAGGGAGAAAGAAAGAGAAGCUGCUCGGAUAACUGGAUCACGAGUACUUCAUAAUGAUCCCUACCGGGAAUCCAGGCGGAGUCCAACCUAUGAUGCUUAUCCACGUUCUAGGAGGUCAAGAUCACGUUCAUACUCUCCAUCAUACUCAAGGCGCCAUGCGCGUGGUGGUUAUUCUGAUGAUUCUUAUAGAAGUAAACCAAGGACUCCCAAAAUAGAGUAUAUAACGGAGUUUGGAGGCUCUGGAGACAGGGAUGGACCAAAGCUUGAAGGAUUUUCUCCGCCAUCAUCUCCUCCAUCUCAGGCUGACAUGUCAAAUCGGCUAUCAUCUGGUCCCAUACUUGAGGCACUACAUGUUGACCCUGCAUCUGGUGUGUCUCUUGAUAAAGAAAAGAGCAAUAAAGUGUCAAAACCAGCAGUAAGUGGAUUACCAACAUUAGCCAAGUUGACAAAAGCAAGUGCCUCCGGAGGACCCUCAAAACAGGGGCAGAUUGAGAAGAAAGAAACUCCUCAAGAGCGGCUAAAAAGGAUUAUGAACAGACAGUUAAACAAGCAAAUUAAGAAAGACACUGCUGCGGAAAUGGCUAAGAAGCAAGAGCAGGAGCGCCAAAGACUGGAAAAACUUGCAGAAACAAGCCGAUUAAGUCGUCAAAGGCAUCGCAGCCGCAGUAGGAGUUACAGUCGCUCUCCUCCAAGAAGAUAUCGACGGAGUAGAAGUCCAAGUAGGAGUAGGAGUUCUAGAAGAUAUUAUUCUCGGUCACGAUCACGAUCUAGGUCCCACUCUUACUCUCGUUCACGUUCACGCUCAAAUUCCCGUUCACCCAGGGUAAGAAGCCGUUCAAGGUACUGAGAAGGUGAUUGCCAUAAAUGUUGCAGGCAAAGCUAUUUGAUAUUAUACUAUGUAAGGCGAUGCUAGUGUCAAUAUAUAUGCGAAAUGUUGUAGGGUGUUUUUGAGUUGCGGUAUCUUCUUAUCAAUCUAUUGGACUUUUGCAUUGUAUGUAAUAUAAAUAAGUAAUUUUUAAUUCAGCAAUUGAAAUUUGACUCUUCGCCAGUUAA